AUUCCUUUAUGUUUUGUGUUAAGGGAAAUGCAUCUUUUUUGCUUAUGUAAAUUAUCCUGUAGAACAGAUGUUCAUCUUUAACUGUUAUUUUAUUACUGUUUUUUUUUAUAUGUACCAGCCAGUGUGAAUUUAAUGUGAAUUUUUGUGCAAUAAACUACCAGUUUUCUUCAGUUUCUCUUUUUUCCUUAAUGCUUUAUGAACAAUAUCCAUGUACAAGACUUAUAAGUGAAUACUUGUGAACAAAAUGCCAAAAAUGAAGCAUUAGAGGCAGAUCCAUGAUUAGGGGUGGGCGAAUUGUGUCGGUGCGCAAGACAAAGGCCCUAGAAGGUAGCACCUUUGUUGUCCAUGGCAACUAUAUUUGCUAUGCAGGUAGGGGCGUAACUCCCAGAAGCAAUGGCGACACCUCCCUUCAGGCUCCAAGCCCUGAAGGGGCAUCUGCAAUUCUGCAUAUACAGCAGCACCUGUGUGGCUCACAGCUGGAUCAAAGUGUGACCGCUGCUCUUCCAGUGGAACUCUACGGCACACCCACUGCUGUAGAGUUUGUCAGCUCUGUCCCAGGAGCCCUGCUACCACCUGCAAUAGGGGACAGGAUGGCCCCUGCCUGGUACCACUCAGCCUGCAGCAAGCGACGGUGCACCCACUGCUGCUGGACUGUGAGAUGGGACCUGCCAGUGAACACUGAUUCUGCAUGCUGCAAAUGGCUGAAUCUCGUGAAUCUGACUCUGACCCAGGGCCGGAUUAAGCCUUCGGGGUGACCGGGACACUUUAGACAGGGAGGCCCGAUGGAGGGGGCUAUAUAUAAGAUUGUGCAUAACUCCCAACAUGACCCACUCCAGGAGGGACAAAAUGCUCUCUACCUGGACUUCCCUCUUAAUAUAUGAUUGUAGACACCUGUGUUGAACUAAUUUAUACCCCUUUCACAUCGCAAAAAUAACCCGGUAUAUUGCCGAGUUUGAGCCGUGUCAACCCGGUUUGAGGUGCAGUGUGAAAGUGCCAUUAUGAAUUUACUGUGUCAAACAACCCGGUAUUUCAACCCGUGUAAAAAGAAGGAUCCUACACGGUUCAGAACCGGUUCAUUUGGCAGUGUGAAAGCCUCAGACCCGCUAUAUUCAACCCGGUAAUCUUAAAAAGGAGGUGAUAGGUUGUCUCCCUGCAUGAUGUCACCUGUCUUAACCCGGAAAUAAACAGGCAACACGCUUUAAACAGUGUGUUUUUAUUUAUACUGCAUUCACAGUGCUGCAUUGCUACAGUGCUUGGAGAAUAUGGCAAACUGGAGUGAGGAUGAGGUUAGGGAGCUGUUACGGAUAAGAGGGGAGUCGGAAAUCACCCACCAAAUGACAGGGACUGUUAAGGAUGCAAUCACGUACAAAAACAUAACGAAGAUGCUUGCAGCCUCUGGAUUCCACCGUACCUCCCAGCAGGUAAUCAAUAAACUAAAGGCCCUUAAAAGGAAUUUCCAUAAGGUCCACGACCACAACAGAAACAGAAGUGGUGCUGCCCGUAUGGAGUGGCAAUAUUAUGAGCAGUGUGCCACCAUAUUUGGCCACACAGCACUUGCAACACCGGUUAGCUUAUCCUCCAGCAUAGCAGCAGCAGAAACAAGACAGGCCUGUGCUGCUUCCACCUGCAGCGUACAGGACCCAGACACCCGAUCACAGGACCCAGACACCCGAUCACCACCACCACCAUCUCCACUACUCGUACUGGAUGAUACGCAACCGAUGCCAACCACUAUGCCUGACCCAGUUGUACAGGAGCCCAGCAGGACUGAAACCACUGAUGCGCCAGAAGACACAGAGGCUGGGCCAAGUCAAAUGGCCCCAAUUGCACAAACGCAGCCUUUGCGUGGAAACAUAUAUACUGUUCCGCCAAGGAGGCGCCGCCCAAACAAAACGGAGCAAGCUGCAAGAAUUAUGACCACUGUCCUGGUGAAGAAAUUAGAGCAGAUGGACGCUGCCAUGGCUGAUCGAGAAGAUGCACGUCUCGAGCGAUUUUUGCAGGCAGAGCAAGACAUGAACAACACAUUUAUGAUGCAGCUGAUCUCUAUGCAGGAAACCUAUAAUAGGGAUGCAAGAGAACGUCAGAGAGAAAUGCAGGAAUUUCAAAUGUCCAUAUUUGACCGAAUGUUCCAAUGCAUUGAAGGGCUGCACACAGUGCCACCAAACUACCCUCAACCGUAUACCCAAUAUUACCCUGUACCCCCCUACUAUGAUCAUACCCCACCUCAACCAACGCCACACCAUACCCAUCCUCGACAUAACCAACCCCAACAAACCCCACCUCCACUAACUCCAACUCACUAUACCCAUCCUCGACAUACACAACCUCAACACACCCAAUCACCUUCUGAAAUGGAGACAACUACAGAGUCUCCUGUUUAUCGUAAUUUAUCUUAAAUGGUUAUUGUUUUUAAAAAAAGUUGGUUUUAAAAUCAUAGGAGUGUUUUUCCUACACUAUUACUGGUUGGACUUUUAUUACUGUAAAGAUUUCACUACUUUAUUUACCAAAGUUUUAUACAAAUUAAAAUUCUAAGGUCUCUGAUCUU